CUUUUUCUUUAUUCUCAACGCCAUCUAUUAGGCUCUCCUUCCCGCUAUGUUUGUCGUUGUCGCUACUUGGAGGGAACGCGAAAAACUAUGCAGAGCUCCACCAUUGACCACGUUGACUUGUUCAAGCCUGACAUCCUUGGUAGGUUGUUGGUCGCCCAUAUCCAAUGGAAUAACUGAUAUUUUACCUGUCUGGCGACUAAACGUGAUUGAAAUGAGUCUGCAAUCUGCAUUUGUCCGAAAAUAACAUUCUCGCAGAUAUCGAGUAUAGACUCUAUUUGGUUACUACUCUAUCACCACUUUUCUUGUCUGUAAAGUCUUUGUUCUAAAAAUGGUGACGCCUGCGUUGAUGGAACAGGAACCGUCGUUUGCAUUGGUUAAAGGAAUUGAUCGAUUGCUAAUUUAAAAGUGUGCUCUAGAAGCAAACGGGUUUGUUAGGUCAAAGUGAGAUGACACAAGGUAAAAUGUGUUGUGUCUGGAAAACUGUCCAUGGAAAGGUGUUGGUGGUGUGACGUUGUUGUUUUAUUCUUUCGCUGCGUAAUUGUUCCCUUCUCGUGUUGUAGUUCAGAAAAUCUUUCAAGCAAAUUAAUCAAGUCGUUCAAUGCAUCUUAGGAGGUAUCCUUUAAUCUCGUCGAAUCGCGACAUUCUUAUCGUCUAUUGUUGCACAUGUUGAAAACUUGUUUUCGUAGUUAUUGACAGCAGUUGAUUAUUUUUUUGCAUGAUGCUGUGUUUCUUGAGUGUCACGGAGUCUGUCGGAAGACCGGUCUAAAGACACGUCUUACGAUUGCACGCAAGUUUAUUUCACAAUUCAGUUAUCAGUAACAUCAUUUUGACGCCGGGAUUCGAAAGAAUUCCUCCAAUCAGCCGCAAAGUUUCCAAAGAUUAUUUUUUAUUUUUAGUUUUAUUGAAUUUGUCUUUCUAUCAUGUCUUUUACUGCAUAUUUAAAUGAAUUCAAGGGAAUUGGAGAUCACAGGUUUUGGGCACCAAAAAUACUGUCUCAUCUUCAAUGCCUUUCGUCCAUGGUAAUCCUGUCGAUGACCGCCGACCAAACAGUCGUGUUUGGUCUCGGAUCUCGUAGCUUCCUUUUUUUGUGUUCUUUUUUACCGAAUUCCCACGUAGUCAAAUGGCGAAUGUGACUGCCAGGCACAAUAUUCUUAGUCUGUUGAUUUGCUUAGUGGUGAAUGCUUUGCAAUCCGAGAAUAAUCUACAGGUUGUGGAUCGAAAGCCAACAGCAGAGUGGCAGCUUUCUCCUCGUAGAAGUGAUUACGUUGGCAAUCGUUUGUCCAGUCGGCCGUAAUGGUCGGGCAAUGUCCUACGGUACCAUUCAACCCUAUUUAGAUUCCAGGAAACAUCUAAAGUUACAAACCGGACAUACCGUUACCGUCAUCGCACUUCAUGGCCAGCGUAUUCAAAUAUCAUGCUCGGUUGUCAACCUCACUAGCAGCGGAAGUUAUUUGGAAUUCAGAGAGAAAGACGGAGACAUCGCUAAACAACCUGUCAUCAACCGAGUGUACACAUCAAAGAGCAAUACAAUGGCCGUCUAUUCUCAAAUCGUCAAAGAUGCUGAUUGGUUUAAUUGCAAGUGGAAGACCACCGAUUCCUAUCCCAUCCAUAAACUUUGUCGUGACAUCGAGGCAAAAACCAUUAAUGGAGCCAUCCAGUCCAUGGAUUUAGCAGAAGAAUCGCACAGAUUUUGCACGUUCUCGAUCGUCGUACCUCUUGAUCAACACGUUCAAAUAUCUUGCUCUGUCGUUAGCCUCGCCAGCGGAUGCGGAUUGAAAUUCCACGAGGAAAGGGGCUGGAUGAACGAGGCCGGCUUGAUUUCUACCCGGCCAAUCAUAGACAGGAAUUAUACUUCAAAAGGAAAUAAAAUGGUCAUACAAGCUGAUAGCUUCGACAACAAACGAUGUCGGUUUGACUGCACGUGGAAGACGACCACAACACCUACAUACCGACUUUGUUUCGAUAAGAGAGCAAAAUCUCCCAAUGGAACCAUCCAACCAUUAGACGAUGCAGGAAUGGAUGGGCCUAGAUUUUGUCCCUUUACUAUUACCGCAGCACGCACUGAUCAGUUGAUACGAAUUUCAUGCUCGGUCGUCAAACUCACAACUGUACUAAGUUCACUGAGAUUUUACGACGGGCGGGAUGCCGGAGCCAAUGUUAUUGCUUAUCCACCAAUCGCCAACAAAGUUUACACUUCAAAAGGUAAUACACUUGUUGUAUUUUCCUGGAAGUUUGAUGAUGACUGGUUUGAUUGCGAGUGGGCGACUGUUCAAGCAUCUAGUUAAUUCUACUAUUGUCAUGAAUUGGGAUGAUUUAAAGGUUCGGACGUCUUGGAUGGUACUAUUUAACUCAAUAAAGUGUAUUGGACUUUGA